GGAUCACAAAAACCACGUUUCCUUGGGACAAUACGCAAUUUCUUCAGGAGCAUAGAAUUUCCCUCCAUAAACAAAACUAACUUACCUGCUCUUCCCUCUAACUUCCAACUUCACUUCUUCUCCCUUUCUCUUCUUUCAUUUCCAAAUCCCAAACUCCCAAAUUCCACUUUUCGGAAAACAAAAAAUGUUACUCUUCUCUCCGCCAUCGUUGCACUCCUUUUCAAUCUCCAGUUUCCCACUCAACCACCCCAAACGACAACCGUACGGUUCGUCGUUUCCUCGUACUCCGCCGCUACGAGUUGUUAACCGCCGGCGUGGCAACGACGCUGAUGACGUGGACGCGUUCACGGAGAAGUCUGGUUAUUUAUUUGAGCUUAGUGCGAGCGAAGCUGACUCUUUAAUCAAUUACGAUAUCAAAAAAAUCGGCGAUGUUUAUAAAAAGAAACCGCUGAUUUUGUUUCGUAGACUGUUCCAAAUUGGUACUACUUUUGGUAAAUGGUUUGCUGCUAGAUAUUUUGAUAGCCUUGCUGAGAGAUCUGAUCAAAUGUUCAAGAUUAGAGCUGCGGAAUUAAGGAGAAUUUUGCUAGAACUUGGUCCUGCUUAUAUUAAGAUUGCACAGGCUGUUUCAUCUCGGGCUGAUUUGAUCCCACCAUCAUAUCUUGAUGAACUCUCCCUGUUGCAAGAUCGAAUAGCUCCAUUUUCCUCAGAACUUGCUUUAAUUACAAUAGAAGAGGAACUUGGAUUGCCAACAGAUGAGCUUUUCUCAGAAAUUUCGCCAGAGCCCGUUGCUGCAGCAUCCCUUGGUCAGGUCUAUCAAGCAAGACUUCGCCGUAGCGGACAGGUGGUUGCUGUUAAAGUACAGAGGCCAGGAGUCCAGGCAGCUAUUGCCCUAGACAUAUUAAUCUUGCGUUUUAUAGCAGGAGUGGUGAAGACAGCUGGAAAAUUUAACUCUGAUCUCCAGGCAAUUGUUGAUGAUUGGGCGUCAAGCCUUUUCCGGGAGAUGGACUAUGUGAAAGAAGCAAAUAAUGGACUCAAGUUUAGGAAGCUUUAUGGUGCCAUAAAAGAUGUUUCAGUCCCAGAUAUGUACAUGGAGUACACAACUCGUAAGGUCCUUGUUAUGGAAUGGAUUGAGGGACAGAAGUUGACAGAAACAGAUGAUAUUUAUUUAGUUGAGGUGGGAGUAUACUGCUCAUUUAACCAACUUUUGGAGUACGGAUUCUACCAUGCUGAUCCACACCCUGGAAACUUUCUGCGUACAUAUGAUGGGAAACUAGCUUAUUUAGAUUUUGGAAUGAUGGGUGAAUUCAAACAGGAACUCCGUGAUGGGUUCAUUGAAGCUUGUCUUCAUCUUGUAAAUCGUGAUUUUGAUGCACUGGCUAAGGACUUUUUUACUUUAGGGCUUCUUCCACCAACUGCAAACAAGAAGGCUGUUACAGAAGCUUUAACAGGUGUCUUCCAAAGUGCUGUUGCAAAAGGAGUCCGCAAUAUAAGUUUUGGAGACCUUUUGGGAAACUUGGGAACUACCAUGUACAAGUUCAAAUUUCAAAUACCUUCAUACUUCUUUCUAGUCAUCCGCAGUCUUGCAGUGUUGGAAGGCAUCGCUAUCAGUUUUAACCCAGAUUACAAAGUUUUGGGUAGUACAUACCCAUGGAUUGCUAGAAAAGUUCUAACUGACAGCUCACCAAAGUUGAAGUCUUCUUUGCAAGCUCUUCUUUACAAGGAAGGUGUUUUCAGAAUCGAUCGUCUAGAAUCUCUACUUUCAGAGUCCCUUCGUGCCCGCACUGAAAGGGCCUUGGUUAAAAGGCAGACAGAAGAUGCCGUUUCCAAAGUGGCUAUCAAGGAGAUUCUUUCCUUCACAUUGACUCAGAAGGGUACCUUCGUGAGGGAAAUACUUCUUCAAGAAGUUGCCAAGGGUUUGGAUGCACUAGGUGUAGCAACACUUGAUUCUUUAACAUCUGUGGCUACCGCGAGCAUACCCUUUGCUACUCCCUUUUCAUCCUCUUCGAUGACUGAGGAAGACAUGGUGAACUUAAGAACGUUGAAGCGCCUCGUUCUACUGUUGUCAGGUUCCCAAAAGAAUGGUAGUUCUGCAGUGGAAGUUCAAGGGAGUAAGACAUACAAGGUCCAGAAUGUAUACUUGGAAGAAGCAUUACCUAUUUUGGAUCAACUUUCAUCAGUUCAAGAGAUUCUGCCCUUCCUUUCUGUUAUUCCUCAGCUCCCACUAGAACUGCAACAACAGUUACUUCUUAUGCCCGGUGAUCUGGCUGGAAGGUUAGUUUCUCGUGCCGCCGCUAGGACGGUCAGGAGGAUGUUUCUUUGAUGUCAAUUCUGUUUCGGGGGGAAAGCAUGAACGGAGUCUGCAUUUCGUAUUGAACCACACACAUAUUUGCCCUAGAACGAGAAGGGAAAGGUAUGCUUAAAUACACAAUUACUUGGAUCUGGGUACAAAUUUUGGAUUUUUACAUUCUUCUUUUUAUCCAUUCCUUCUUAAUCGUAUAAUUCUCCAAUGAAGCCGAUUACUUUGUGCA